UAUACACUUAGUUUAGUUCGAGUAAAUGAAGAAAAUAUAGAAGAGGAAAAGGGUACAAUUGCAAAAUUGUCAAAAUUUUUGAAUGAAAACGCUUUUACCUGUACAUCUGCAAAUUGUCUAGACUUUGGCGCUUGCGCGUGAACAUUCAAAAUCGUCUCGGCGAUGGCAAAGAAAUAACUAGGGUUUUGCGGACCGCUCUGAAAACGCUCCGUCUUCGAUCAUGGCAUCUGGUUCGCCACGGGCGCGCAUCGAUCAGUUCUUUGCUUCGAAGAAACGCAAACCUGUAUCACCUGGUUUGAAGUCUGGUAGAAGUGAAAAAGAUCUGAAAGGUACCGUAGAAGGGUCUCCGAGUGCCAAAGGUACUCUGGACAAUUACUUGGUGACUUCAGAGGAUGACAACAACAAUGCAAAGGCGUCCUAUACAGCUCGUGAUUCGUUGUCUAGGCAAGACGCGGUUAAAAGAAAUUUGGCGUUGGAGAUUAAUAAUUCUUCCAAGGAUGAACAAAUGCGGCCCUCUUCACUGGUACAAUUGCACUCUGAAGCAGUUGAAGUGGCUAAGAAGGAAGCAUUUCGAGAAGUACCUGUGGUGGAGGAUGUUUCAGUUGGAGGUCUCGCAAAGGGUUGCUCAACUUCUGCACAAGCUGUUGAGAACCCAGAGCUCAAAAAGUUUGCUGCUGACUUUUUGUCUUUGUAUUGUAGUGAGUUUCAAUCAAAUGUAAAGUCAGGGUCAGAGCUAGAAGUGAACGACCAUAAGAGACAUUGUAGUCCAUCGUGGCUGGACGAGAAGGAUAAGACAUCCAAGAAGAGGCAUUGCAACAGUAAUCAGUCACUUUUAGAAGGUGAAAUCACUUGUUCCGAUAAGAAAAAUCCUGAGGAUAUGCAGUCUGUUCUUGUUGAUAAAACCAUGGGAUCUAUUUUCAGCUCUUCUAGAGAGGUUGCUGAUGGUAAUGGUCCCAUUGAGCUUCAAGCCUUCUUGAAAAAAUGCAGUAACACUCCUGAGUCAUCUGUAAAAAUGAAAGAAUUCUGCACACCAGGUUCGUUGAUGGUUAAAGCAUGUGCUCAUGAAACUCCCAGGUCAAUGCAUGGAAGCUCUGUAUUUUCAUCAGGAGAAGCUUUUUGGAAUGAAGCAAUUCAACUUGCUGAUGGUUUGUGUGAUCCAAUGGUUGACAUUUCUGCUCAGGCUGCUGAAGAAACUAAUAUUUCAAAAAGCCAAUGUAAAACCGUGAACUCGUGCAGUUUGAGAAAUGGAAUCUGUCAUGACAAGUCAAAGGAAACAUCGGACAAGGGUGAGAACAGAGUAUGGCAUACAGAAUUAAUUACUUCUUUGGGGUCAUUGGGGAAGCAUACAAAAGAUCUGGAUAAAGAAGUAUCCCCACUUCCUGUUAAGCAUCUUGACUUUUCAUGUGAGGACAAAAACCUGGAUGAAAGUACCCCGCACUGUCCUACUGUAGAUGGCUCAGAAUGUGCUUCUCAUAGAGGUGGUGAGCAAUCCGAAUGUGGUUCUGUAGGUCAUAAAGGGCUAGAAACUGGAAAUACAUUAAUUCGAUGUGACAAAGUUCAGACAGAUGAAGAGAUGCAUGAGGGAAAGGAGAUGACAUCUGUAGUUGCUGUAACUAACAGGAAGGUGGAUUUAUUGUGUCCAAACAACGAUUGCAUGACAUCUAAGCCACCUGUUAUUGAAAUCAGGGAUUCAAAUCACACAACAUCUAAUUCACCAGUUAAUGAAGUCAAAAAUUUAAAUCUUGACCAUGAAUCGGAUGGAGCAAGUACUCCUUCAAGUUUUGUGCCGCUUGAAGAUCGUUUAGAUCUAAAUCGUUGGCUUCCAUCUGAAGUAUGCGGCGUAUAUAGAAAGAAAGGAAUUUCAAAAUUGUAUCCUUGGCAGGUUGACUGCCUUCAGGUGGAUGGCGUCUUACAGAGAAGAAACUUAGUAUAUUGUGCAUCUACAAGUGCUGGUAAAAGUUUUGUUGCUGAAAUUUUGAUGUUGCGGCGUGUCAUAUCAACUGGAAAAAUCGCACUACUUGUACUUCCUUAUGUAUCAAUUUGUGCAGAAAAGGCUGAACAUCUCGAAGUCCUUCUUGAACCACUUGGUAAGCAUGUUCGUAGCUAUUAUGGAAACCAAGGUGGGGGAACACUUCCUAAAGAUACUGCUGUAGCUGUCUGCACAAUAGAGAAGGCAAACUCUCUAAUAAACAGAUUACUUGAAGAGGGUCGCUUGUCAGAAAUUGGAAUAAUCGUGAUAGAUGAACUACACAUGGUUGGUGAUCGGAAUAGGGGUUAUCUUUUGGAACUUAUGUUGACAAAGCUUCGUUAUGCAGCUGGUGAAGGCAAUUCAGAAUCAAGUAGUGGAGAAAGUUCAGGUAUGAGCAGUGGUAAGGCUGACCCUGCUCAUGGUUUGCAAAUUGUUGGGAUGAGUGCGACCAUGCCAAAUGUGGCAGCUGUUGCUGAUUGGCUUCAAGCUGCAUUAUACCAGACAGAUUUUCGACCAGUUCCAUUAGAAGAAUAUAUUAAAGUUGGUAACACUAUUUAUAGCAAAAAAAUGGAUAUUGUUCGAACAAUCUCAAAAGCAUCUGACCUUGGUGGUAAAGAUCCAGAUCAUAUUGUUGAGCUAUGUAAUGAGGUUGUUCAAGAGGGUCAUUCAGUGUUAAUAUUUUGCUCUAGUCGAAAAGGAUGUGAAUCAACUGCAAGGCAUGUUUCAAAGUUCCUCAAAAGAUUUUCUAUUAAUGUUCGUAAUGAUGAAAGUGAGUUCUUGGAUAUUACUUCAGCUAUUGACGCCUUGCGAAGGAGUCCAGCAGGACUGGAUCCUACAUUGGAAGAAACUCUCCCUUCUGGUGUUGCCUAUCACCAUGCUGGUCUCACGGUUGAGGAGAGAGAGAUUGUUGAAACCUGCUACCGCAGAGGCCUUUUACGUGUCUUAACUGCUACAUCUACCUUAGCUGCUGGGGUUAAUUUACCAGCUAGGAGGGUCAUUUUUCGACAACCCAGGAUUGGUCGUGAUUUUAUUGAUGGGACAAGGUACAAACAGAUGGCUGGUCGGGCUGGUCGGACUGGGAUAGAUACAAAGGGGGAAAGUGUACUAAUAUGCAAACCAGAAGAAAUAAAAAGAAUGAUGGGACUUCUUAAUGAAAGCUGUCCACCAUUGCAUUCUUGUCUAUCUGAAGAUAUGAAUGGAAUGACUCAUGCCAUUUUAGAAGUUGUGGCUGGUGGGAUUGUUCAAACUGCUAAUGAUAUUCAUCGAUAUGUUAGGUGUACUCUUCUGAAUUCCACCAAGCCAUUUCAAGAUGUGGUGAAAUCAGCUCAGGAAUCUCUUCGGUGGUUGUGCCACAGAAAAUUUCUUGAAUGGAAUGAUGAUACUAGGUUAUACAGUACCACACCACUUGGAAGAGCAGCUUUUGGCAGUUCUCUUUGCCCAGAAGAAUCACUUAUUGUGCUGGAUGAUCUUUCAAGGGCAAGAGAAGGAUUUGUGCUUGCAUCUGAUUUGCAUUUAGUUUACCUGGUAACACCAAUAAAUUUUGACGUUGAGCCAGAUUGGGAACUGUACUAUGAACGUUUUAUGCAAUUAUCUGCUCUUGACCAGUCAGUGGGCAAUCGAGUUGGAGUUGUUGAGCCGUUUUUGAUGCGCAUGGCACAUGGUGCACCUUUGCGCAUUUCAAAGCAGUCAAGAGACAAUAUGAAAGUGCAGCAUGGCAAAAGUGAAAACCGACUUGGGAUCACAAACACUAAUAUGCUUUCGGAUGAUCAACCACUUCGAGUGUGUAAACGUUUCUAUGUUGCACUCAUCUUAUCAAGAUUAGUGCAGGAAGUUCCUGUGGCUGAGGUUUGUGAAGCUUUUAAAGUGGCUCGAGGCAUGGUUCAAGCCUUACAAGAGAAUGCUGGAAGGUUUGCAUCAAUGGUUACUUUAUUUUGUGAGAGGCUUGGAUGGCAUGAUCUGGAAGGCUUGGUUGCCAAGUUCCAAAAUCGUGUUUCAUUUGGAGUGAGAGCAGAAAUUGUAGAGCUUACUACAAUUCCAUAUGUUAAGGGUUCUCGAGCAAGAGCACUCUACAAAGCUGGCUUGCGUACACCUCUAGCAAUUGCAGAAGCAUCUGUUCCUGAAAUCACCAAAGCUCUUUUUGAAUCUUCUUCAUGGGCUACAGAAGGUUCAGCACAAAGACGUGUACAACUUGGAGUGGCAAGGAAGAUUAAGAAUGGUGCACGCAAAAUUGUUCUAGAUAAAGCUGAAGAAGCAAGGGUUGCUGCCUUCUCAGCUUUCAAAUCACUUGGAUUUAAUGUGCAACACAUUUCUCAACCCAUAUUGGCAAAUGCCAUGGGCAAUCACGUUACGCAAGGAGUUGCAACUACAUCUUCUGGAAAUGAAACUAGUAGUAGCUUUGUUGAUGUAGAGCACAUGGAGCAUGUUUCUGCUAAGCCAUCCACAGCAGAAAAUGAGAAUUCUGACAAAGUUUCUUCAGAAAGUGAAGGUGAGAAGUUAAUGAGAACAUCAGAUAUUGGCUUAGUGGCUUCAGCAGAAGUAAACUCAAUGGCUGCAGUGCAAUGUAACUUUGGUGCUGAAAAUUCUGGGGUACCAGUUGGAGGGUCUGUUACUGGUGGUUCUGAGCUGAAUGCUACCAUUGGUAAUACCAAAAGUGCAGAUAUGGCACGCUCUAUUCAGUUACAAAACUCUCAUGAUGGAACCAGGGUAUGUGAUGAGUAUCUUCAUUGUGGAGUACAGGAACCACAUAGCAAGGAAAAUUUGUCUCUUGGUAAUAAGGACAGUGCUUGUGGGAAGGGCCCUAUCAAUGCAAUUAAUACUCCUGGUGGAUUUGAUUCCUUCUUGGAUCUUUGGGAGACUACACGGGAAUUCUAUUUUGAUAUCCACUACAACAAACGAUCGGAAGUGAACUCUGUUGCCCCCUUUGAAAUACACGGCAUAGCCAUUUGUUGGGAAAAUUCUCCUGUGUAUUAUGUCAAUCUCCCAAAGGAUCUACUGUGGUCUGAAAACAGAAGAAAUUGUUACUCAUCUGUGGGUACAUCUGGUGAUAAGAGUAAUGUUUCACCUCCUGAGUAUUUGUUGGAGAUAGUUAGACAAAGAUGGAACCGGAUUGGUGAAAUAUUGGGGCAAAGAAAUGUUAGAAAAUUUACUUGGAACCUUAAAGUUCAGAUUCAGGCUCUUAAAAAUCCUGCAGUUUCAGUUCAAAAAUUUGGUUCAGAUCUUGCUGUGAAAAAUAUGGGUGUUGAACUCAUAGACAACUCAUUCUUAUUGUUAUCCCCAGUUAAUGUAAAAGAUGGAAUUGAUGUGUGCAUAGUGGCAUGGAUUCUGUGGCCUGAUGAGGAAAGAAGCUCUAACCCAAACCUGGAGAAGGAAGUUAAAAAACGUUUAUCCAGCGAGGCUGCAGCAGCCGCUAAUAUGAGUGGCAGGUGGAAGAAUCAGAUGCGAAGGGCUGCUCAUAAUGGGUGCUGCCGUCGGGUUGCGCAAACACGAGCUUUAUGUUCUGUACUUUGGAAGUUGCUUAUUUCCGAAGAACUUAUUGAAGCCCUUAUGAAUAUAGAAAUCCCAUUGGUUAAUGUGCUUGCAGACAUGGAGCUUUGGGGAAUAGGUGUUGACAUGGAGGGAUGCCUUCAGGCACGUAAUGUGUUGGGGAAAAAGCUUAGGUAUCUGGAGAAGGAAGCUCAUAAGCUGGCUGGCAUGACAUUUUCAUUAUAUACAGCAGCAGAUAUUGCAAAUGUGCUGUAUGGACACUUGAAGCUGGCAAUACCAGAGGGGCACAAUAAGGGAAAGCAACAUCCAAGUACUGACAAGCAUUGCUUGGAUCUGUUAAGGCAUGAGCAUCCUAUUGUUCCAGUCAUUAAGGAGCACCGUACAUUGGCAAAGCUCCUAAACUGCACCUUGGGAUCAAUUUGUUCACUGGCUAGGCUAUCUUUGAAGACACAGAGGUACACACUUCAUGGUCAUUGGCUCCAAACAUCAACCGCAACUGGGCGGCUUUCAAUGGAGGAACCUAAUCUUCAGUGUGUGGAACAUGUGGUUGACUUCAAAAUGAACAAGAAUAAAAAUGGAGGUGAUGCUGAUGCUGAUCAUUAUAAAAUUAAUGCUCGCGAUUUCUUUGUUCCUAUGCAGGAUAACUGGUUACUUUUAACAGCAGAUUAUUCUCAAAUUGAACUGCGGCUGAUGGCCCACUUUUCUAAAGACUCCUCAUUAAUUGAACUUCUUAGCAAGCGGCAUGGUGAUGUUUUUACUAUGAUAGCUGCAAGAUGGACUGGGAAACCAAUUGAGUCUGUUGACUCCAAUGAACGAGACCAGACCAAAAGGUUGGUGUAUGGCAUUCUUUAUGGAAUGGGUGCAAACACUCUUGCAGAACAACUGCAUUGCAGCUCGGACGAAGCUGCAGAAAAAAUCCGAAGUUUCAAAAGUUCUUUUCCUGGUGUUGCUUCUUGGCUUCGGAAUGCCAUUGCAUCUUGCCGUCAGAAAGGAUAUGUGGAAACCCUCAGGGGAAGAAAGCGUUUUUUGUCAAAAAUUAAAUUUGGAAACAGUAAUGAAAGAUCAAAAGCCCAGAGACAAGCAGUCAAUUCUAUUUGUCAGGGAUCUGCUGCUGACAUUAUUAAGAUUGCAAUGAUAGAGAUCUACUCUGUGAUUGUCAAAGGAGUUGAUAGGCCAGGUAGUUCACUCGCUACAAAGUUUCAAAAGCUCAAAGGCCGCUGCCGAAUCUUAUUACAGGUACAUGAUGAAUUAGUACUGGAAGUUGAUCCUUGUAUGAUAAAGGAAGCUGCAUUGCUGUUGCAGAUGAGCAUGGAAAAUGCUGCCUUGCUUCUUGUUCCUUUGCAUGUCAAAUUGAAAGUAGGAAGAACGUGGGGUUCAUUGGAACCUUUGCAGGCUGAUCAGUGUUAAGGGGAGCUAUUGUGCCUGAUUCAUGAAUUAGAAGGGAGCGUUUUAUUCUUGGUGAAGAAAAAGAUGUGUUUCAUGACAUUGAAUGGUGACGAUGGCUUUGAACCAGUGUUUGUAAAUUCUGAUUAUUGAGGAAGCUAUCUUAUCCAUUCUGAUUAUGCAAUGCAUUCCUUGGGGAAGGGCAUGAGAAAGAAGUGCAUCUCUUGAAUUGCAGUUUUGCAAUAAGUAUAGCCUUCGCUCGACUUCAGGUAGAAGGUUUGCUUUGAAAGAAGAAAUUUGAGAGGUUUGAGCAUUGCUUGUCCAUAGUAGACAGGCUGAUGAGCUCAUUCUCAUUAAAUGCUGAAUCAGUUACUUCAUUUGAAAAAUGGCAUCCAUGAAUUACCUUUCUUUGCAACGACAAUGGGAAUCUAUGGGCCCUGUGAUGUAUUUGCUUCCUACUGGCUUGUUUGGGAUUGCUUAUUUUCAUUGUUCAUUGGGCUUACAAAAUAAGCUGAAUAAAAAUUCAACUGUACCUAGAAAAAGUAAAGCUUUAAGUUGUACAUAAGCCGGAUAAGCUAAAAAUAAGCUGUGGCAAACAGGCUACUGCUGGUGGCCUGCAGAGGCAUAAUGGGUAGUAUCGGGGAAUCAAAGGAUGCUAUUUCAACUUAAAUGAGGUGUAGGCAAAGCUUCAAAGAUGACCAGAUUCUUUUUACCCGUGGGAUUUGUAAGUAUUCCGAGGCAUUGGUAAUGCAAUUUUGCGGUGUUGUUGGAGAGAAUGCCAUGCGCAUUGUUAGGAUUGUAAGAGAACAAUUUUGGAGUUAAGUCCCCCUUUUUCAGUUAUGAUUUCUUGAUUUUUUUUUUAAUUUGCUUUUUUAAUGAUUUGUUAGUAUUUCUCUGUAUACCUUGUAUAUGGGUUGUAUCUUUAUGAUUUUAGUGAAUUUUGCUUACAUAAAAAAGAAAAA